AUUUUGUCAAAAGAAAAACUUCAAUGCAUAACGUAUUUUUUAAGUAGAAUAACAAUAACAUUCGUUGACUCCAUCGGAGACUCGAAGGUCUAGUGGAGAACUGGAGGUAACUCAAAGAACGAGUAAAACUACUCAAAAUCCCGGCUCCAAUGGAAUCAACUAAUCCUGUGUUUUUCUUCAUCGUCUGCUUCCUUCUCAAUCUGAAUUUGGCAUUCUCCGAUCCUUCAAAUGUACCUAUCGGAAUCCACCCUCUAGAUGAGAAGUACUUUGCUUCGGAGGUCAUCAAAUGCAAAGAUGGAUCCAAUUCUUUCACUAGAGAUCGUAUCAACGACGAAUUUUGCGACUGCGUUGAUGGUACCGAUGAACCAGGAACAUCAGCUUGCCCUGCUGCCAAAUUCUAUUGCAGGAACUCAGGAAGCACUCCUAAAUUUUUAUUCUCUUCUCGUGUAAACGACCAAAUUUGUGACUGUUGUGAUGGAAGCGAUGAAUAUGAUAGCAUCAUCAUCUGUCCUAAUACAUGUAUCAUGGGUGGACAUUCGGAAUACAAGACAAUAAAUUACAAUUCCAGAAUCAAUAAAUUUAGUUCUCAUUCUCCUCACACUAAACAGAAAAAAGUUAGCCAAAUCGGUGAAGACACAAUCCAAAAACUCCAAGGUAUGAAGGCGAUGAUAAUAGUCCAAGUGAUUCUCAUCGGUUUUCUAGUCUUCCUUUGUCUAUGUCGUCAACGUGCCAAAUCUAGAAGGAGAAAUUCUCGUUAAUCAACUUAUCACUUCACUUAUUUGAUCUUUUUUGUAAGUUGUAAGUUGUAACAUCUGAUUUGAUUUUUAUAUUUAUAAACCUUAAAAAGUAAAGUGUAUACACAUUACACAGUUAAACAUUCACUCAAUAUUUCUAGAAUUCAAAAUUGAUAAAAGAACAUCAUGAGCACGUGGAGUAGCAUUGGCUCUACACAGUGGACAAUUCCCAUGUGAGAAAAGCCACAUGUCAAUACACGUCACGUGAAAAACAUGUGCACAUUCCGGCAUAAUUCUAACUUCAUCGUUUUCUUCAAACUCACCCAAACAAACCGCACACGUUCCUUCCUUAAAAUCUUUCGAGUAUUUAUGAACGGUUAACAAGAUCGAUGAGCCACUUGAGGUUGAGGUGCUGGUUGUUGGGAACGAUGAUGAGCUGGCACUUGAGUCAAGGUCAACUCUAAGCCUUGGACGGCGGUUCAUUUCUGGUGGUCUAGGUGGUGAGGUGGUGGCGGGUUCAUCGGUGUUAUUAUGGCGGCAAGUGACAAAUAAGCAGUGGAGAAAAGCUACUAAAAUUGCACCUGAUAUGACACCGAGGAUUCCCAUAAAGAGGGGUGAAUCACCCAUUGGGAUUUGGUUAAUUUUGAAGUUAAAUUGUUUACAUGUAAUAUUUAUGGUGGAGGAGUUUCGUUUGACGUUGAUGCCACGGUGUAUAUGCAAGAUUAGGAUCGUAAAUUUGGAAGCAAAUUAACC